UAAAUGAAAAUGAAAAAGCUUCACUGUAAUAUGUUUCUCUAAUCAUGUGCAUUUACACCAUUGACUCUUUUGUCUAUACUACAACUAUAACACAUAAUGCAUUAUACGGUAUAGUCUCUGCUAAACGUUUGGUCUUUUCCAUCAACUUUUACUUUAAAAAAUUUGUACUUGGUAAUAUUCUGAACUAUAUUAUAUAUGCUGCUGGCCAUUUCAUUCUUUGUUCAUGUUUUUAUAAAAUUGUUCUGGUUUACUAUGAUUUUCUAUCGGGUAAUGUGCCUUAGAGUCAGUAUGUUUGGAUGUCCUGGAAACUGCCUCUAUAAAUAAUUUUAGUGAGAUAAGGUUUCCACCUUCAACGUGGAAAAAUAUGGGACACUUUAGCAGCGGCCUCAUUCCAUGGGGGACACGAAUUAAGUGGGGGGUCUUCCCCCAUGAGAUUUUGAGUGUCACUCAAACUGUGACACUUAAUUUCCUGCAUUCUGGUGAAAUUUUAAACACCAAUUAGUCUUUUUAUGCAUCAGUUUAAAAUUACUCUGAACAUGAAUGUAAAGGAAAUACAGGAUCAAAACAUCAGUUCAUAGACAUGGGAAGAACGUUUGUCAAAAUAAAAUAAAUGACUUUUUUUGUGUGAAACUGAUCAGAAAAGCUCUCCUGGAUGUAGGCACUGAAAUAAAGAUCAACCUGUUCUAGAGUGAGGGAAGUGUGGAGAAACAACAACAAAAAAGUAACAACUAAGUUGUCUUAUACUGUAUAGAGGCAUGUAUAUAAAAUGUAUGUAAUUUUAACCUUGAGUCCAGCUCUUUUCAGGAAAGAUGAGGUAGCCUAGCCCUUGGAACAACUGUACAGUUCUGGGGAUUUCAUGAAUUGACUGAUUGCACUCUGCGUCCUCUGCUCAGGUACUGCUCGGACGUGUGUAGUAGUAAACUUGGGAAUUUUCAGGGAGUCCUGGCAUCGGUUGUCCUGCUGGAGGGUUGUAGGGAUAAGGAAUAUAUAGUGGGUAAUAUGUCAGGCUUAGCAGUAGUCGUAGCAGCAGAAGGGGCUUGUGCCAUCAUAUACAUGUAGUAGUUACACCACUGCCAAUAGGCAUUAUAGGGGUUGGACAGGGGUUGGUUUGUCUGGCGCUUAUGACGGGUUCCCCUAAUGAAAGUUACAAAUAUCUGCAAAUAAGGACCUAUUUGUCGGGUGUGCCCCACCCCUCUGGUUGUCUUUCUUUCUUAUAACAUAUCUAUUACAUAUAUGUGCCUAUGUAUAUGUAAAUGGUUGAGUUUGGAGAGGUUUGUUUUCUUGUAUCAAAUAUUGAAUAUAAAAAUAAUACUUGUAAAUAUAUUGAAUAUUUUGUGGACCUCCAAAUCUCUGGCCAUGAACCUACACGCCCAUGACACAUUUCUUUGAUUUAGGGUGUAAGCAUAGCAUAUAAAUAAAAAUCAAAGCAGAAUAUUCACAGAUCUUUUUCUUUAACUGAAUGCAAGGGUUAAGUUUCUUUAUUGCUUCCCAAUAGAGGGGAGGUACUUCUGGGAAUAAGUGGACACUAGUUCCUGUUCUCCUACGCCAAACAACUGUGCAAUAAACAUACAGUCAGCCAGCCAGGUUUUGUUGAGUGGAGUACAUUUGUCAAGCUUUUGCUUCUACUCUAACAGACACAAAGAGUCCAAAAGAGCAGGCAGGAUGUCUGUGACCAUUGCCAAGAAUGAUGGGACCACUGUGCUCACUUUGACCUCUGACCCCCGAAGCACUUGUCCUCCACUGUGCCAAAUCCUGAAGGGCCUUUGCUACAGCCCCGUGUGCUGCUCUGUGUCUCAGCACUUGAGGAAGAUCCAGAGAAUGUCUCAGUCAGUGCUGGGGGCUCUUCAUAUUAUGGUUGGAUUGCUCAACAUCGGCCUUGGAGUGAUACUCAGUACCAGUGAUGGUGGUUUGUGGUGGAGAACGGACCGUAGCUAUCCUUAUUGGUUAGGAGGACUGUUCAUGUUAUUUGGUGUCAUGAGCAUUUUGUCUGAGAAGUAUCCCAGUCCAUGUCUGGUAAUCCUCAAUGUGAUUCUGAAUCUAGCCGGAGUUGGUUUUGCCAUCACAGCCAUCGUACGCUACAGCAUCAAUAUAGCACACAUACACAUACGGUUGUCGUGUUAUAAUCGUUAUUACGGAUCCUAUACGCAAGCUCCAGAUCUUCGUGAUGACCUCAUAAAGGAGAAAUGCUUGGAGGGCGAAGCACUGACUCUGAUGCUUCUGAGGAGCAUCAAUGCUGUGCUGAUUGUUCUGUCGGUCCUGGAGCUCUGUGUCACCUUCAGCUCUGUUGUCUUGGGGAUCAAGGCUCUGAGGAGCAGUGAGAAGAAAGAAAACAAGAGCACUGAUGACCCAGAAAACUACAAAGCACUGCUGGAGGAAGUCACCAGUAACCCUGCAGUCUAAAUGAAAAUCUCUGCUUUAAUAUAAUACACUGCUGUAAUCAUGUGCAUUCACACUUGACUGUAUGCAGUUAUUUACACAAAUUAUCCGGUGCAAUCUUCUGGUCUUUUCCUACAGGGGUUGCUUAAAGAAACAUUUGCACUUAUUAAUAAUAAUGUAUUUGUUCUGCACUAAAUUGCUGAUGCUGAGUAUCAUCCUGUUACAUACCUGAAAUAGAAUUAAUAUGUGCUGUUAGUCCUGAGUCACUUUAAUGGCAAUAAUAAGUCUUAACCAGUGGUGGAAAUAACUAAGUACACUUAUUCAAGUGCUGAAGUACAGUUUUGAAUGACCUUCACUACAUUUUCAAUUACUAAUGGAAAUGUGGAAGGGGUUGAUUAAAAAUAUGAACUCAAACUUAACAUUUCAAAAUGACUUUCUGAUCUGCCUCAUAAGUGCAGUGUUGAUCUUUUUUUUUUUUUUUUUUACGACUGAUGAAGAAGAAUCUGACCUUCCGAGCAGUUGUCAUGGCUACAUAACACUUUGCAUUGUGGGUCCUACUCCACCUACUGUUCAUAUUUCUCUGGCUGAGCACUCACCGGCACUUGUUAUUGUCAUCAUCAACCUCAGGUUUUUGUGUCUGGUGUCAUAUGUAUUCUGGCUGGGAAUUUCCUGUUUGCUCUUUGGUAAAUUGCACAUCAGCCUGUUCAUGUAAAUGUAAUGUACUUCUGACUUUAAUUCUGAAAGUCUGCUUAAUAAUAAACAGUGAAUCCAAAAUGAAAAA